AUGCCAGAAGCUUCAAUGGAAUUACCAAUUCCGAUUCAAACUUCAACUAAUUCUGAUAGAUCAUCAAAUAAUUCACCUAUAAAAUUCGAGCUAAGUUUCGGAUGUAAUGAUGAAGCAAUCGAUAAGAAUAACCUUUUGUACAAUGAUUACUUUCAAGAAGAACCGGAAGAAUCGUUUAAUCCGUAUGAUUUAUUAAUGCGAAUACAUUUUCCGCUCAAGAAAAGUCGAGCAUUAUCGCAAUUGGGAAAAUUUAAAAAUUACUGGGAAAAUUAUUCAUUUUAUGCAAUAUGGCGCAAAAAAUUUAUUGAAGAUCAUAGUUGUCAAGAGCAAGAUUUAUGGAAAGAGUUUUUUUUGGAAUCAAUACCUCAUUUAUUGAUCAAUUUAUUUCUAACAUUUUAUGUUGUUGGCGGCGCCAUUGUAUUUCAAUUAAUUGAUGAAAAUAUACAGCAUGAAAAAUUUUACAGUGUUAUUCAAUUUACAUUUACUACAAUUGCUACUGUUGGUUACGGUAAUAUCGUACCAACAACAGAUGCAAGUAAAUUAUUUUGCAUAUUUUACACAUUAGUUGGUGUACCUCUUCUUUUCCUCUCAUUAACAAAUAUUGGUCAAUUUAUUGCGGAAGGUUAUUGGAUUUUCCUGGCAUCAUUACAACGAACACAAUGCAUUGAUGCACCAGAUGAGCGCCGUUUACCAUUAUCAAUUGUUGUAACAUUAUUGCUAACACAUUCAGUAAUUGGUGGAUUAUUAUUUCAUUUUUGGAUUGAUCAAAUGCCUGUUAUUCCGGCAAUUUACUUUAGUUUUGUUUCAAUUACAACAAUUGGCUAUGGUGAUAUAACACCAACACCAAAUAAUGCUAUACAAACAUUAAUUAUUGUUCUUUAUCUUGCAGUUGGAAUGGUGAUAAUGUCAACAUUUGUUGCUUCACUUUAUAAUUACCUUCGAAGAUUACACUAUUUAGGACGUGAUUUUAGUGGCGCAGCUCACGUUGAAGUAUGGUUUGGUGGUACUAAAAUGUCAGUAUCCGAAUUACUUUAUAUUGUUGCAGAUGAAUUUAAUGUAUCACCAAAAAUGCUUUACGAAGUAUUACAUGAUUUGGAUGAUAUAAUUACGGAAGCAACAGAUCCAAAAAUAAAAUUAAACAUUGAAAAAAUUCAAAAUCGACGUCAGACUAGAAUUUCACGUUCAGAAAAUCGUGAACUUCGAGAAUAUCUGAAUAAUGGAAUUCGAAUGGUUGAAAUCAAAGAUUCAUUAAAUCCAUUAAAUACACAUGUAAUGAUAAAAAGUGACUCAACUAAAUGCUUAAAUAGAAUUCCAGAAGAUCAACGUGAAAACGUUAUGCAAGCUCUUGGCAUGUUUCAUCAUGUAGUAAAGACGAAAUCAAAUUUGUCAAAUAAGCGGCGCUCUUCAUCUGUUUCAACAAAAUUACAUUUUGCUAAUGCUCAUAACUUGUUGAGUCAGGGUAAUUUUAAUAUUAAUUCAUAA